UUAGCGUGCUGCAAAAGAGCCAAAAAACUGAGAACACUGGUGAGCGUUCCGGUAUAGUUCAGUGGUGUUGACGCAGGUUUUGAUUUUAUUUAAUUUACAAAUUAUUGUUAUUCAAUAAAUGAUCAAUAUACGUCAUUCCAAGUACGCAAGUAUAGCUACGCGCAUUGACAUGUGAUGAAUAUGUUAAACUGUAUACAUGAGAAGUGCCGAAAAAUGUGGAGGAUCAUGGCGUCCGUAACGGUCAUACGUGCAUAGAAGAUUUAUUUUUUGAACAAUUUCAGUGCCUUACGCCAAUCUACUUUUUACAAAACAGUUUUUUUAACAAAUAGACACGGGACAUAUAAUUGGCGUAUGAGUUUCUUCUCUACGCCCACUGAGCCAUAACAACAUAGAAUAGUUUAUCAAUAUUGCACAGAAAAGUAGCAUUUGGCUGCAUAAUUAUCAAAAUGUCGACCACAUCACAGAAACACAAAAAUUUUGUGGCGGAACCAAUGGGAGACAAACCUGUUAAUGAAUUGGCUGGUGUUGGAGAAGUAUUGGGGAAGAGAUUAGAAGCCGCAGGUUUUGACAAGGCAUAUGUAGUAUUAGGACAGUAUUUAGUGCUAAAGAAGAAUAAGGAGUUGUUUCAAGAUUGGAUGAAAGAUGCCUGCUCAGCAAAUGCUAAACAGUCUUCAGAUUGUUACCAAUGCCUUACAGACUGGUGCGAAGAAUUUUUGUAAACUAAUCAAAUCCGUCAUUUGAGGGCUAAGUUGCGUUGUGAAAUAUCAUACGAUAUAAAAAAACGUCACUCCCUACGUUUAAUCCCGUAACUCCAAAACGCAAAUUUUUAGGAGAGAGUUUAAAGGUUUAAAACUUCAUAUGUUUCUCUAGUUAAGGAAUUGUUUUGGUUUAAAAUUUUUACUUUACGUAUAAAUAAUUUUUUUUAAUUAGUGACCAUAAAGAACAUGACUUUCCAAGUGUUAGUGUGCAAUAAACUGAAAAUCUCGUAGGUGACAUUUAUGUAAUUUAUAUGUAGGGAGUGACGAAAAGUCCUUUAAAAAGUCUUCAAAACUAAACAAACAUAAAUACACACAAACACAUGUACAUACAUAUGCAACCCUAAUCCUGUAAACCUUAGAUUUUACAGAACACACCUAAAAAGAUGUUUACAGGAUUAGGGUUAAUAUUUUUUGUAAACUAUUUCAUAUUAAAAAAAAUAGUAAUUAUUAAAAUCAAUAAAGAUAUUUAUUCAUA